AUGGCGGAAGUCCGACGCCCAACCAGAUGUUCAAUCACUCGCGAACGACCAGACGUCCGGUCGUUGAGCAAGGAAUCGAACUGGGCAAACGUGACGGCCGGCCGGAUCGAUGCUGAAUUGACCGGAUCCGACGUAGGGAUCACAACAAGGAGGAGAAAGUCGGAGGAAGGAACGGUGGCGGGCAGGGGCGGCGGCUACAAUGUCGUCGGUGGAAGGAGCGACAAUGGAGGCUCCGCCGACCAUGGCGAGGAAAGCGAGAUCGGCGAUGAGCUUCGCGGGGUCGGCUGCGGGGUCAGAGGAGCUGGCCAUGGCGACGCGGUGGCCGGCGGGAAAGCGGAGGCAACAUUCCGGUUGCGCGCGGGAAGAAAAGGAUUCCUCAAGAUGCAAACACGUGUGGCACGGAUCAAAAAGAUAAUGCAAGCAGAUGAGGAUGUUGGCAAAAUUGCACUGGCUGUGCCUGUUUUAGUUUCGAGAGCCCUUGAAUUGUUUCUGCAAGAUUUGAUUGACCGCUCAUACAAAAUUACUCUUCAAAGUGGUGCAAAGACACUGAAUUCCUUCCACCUGCUCCAAAGAGGAACCAGAAUAUGGAAAGCUGACGAGUACAAGAAAAACAUUGGGAAAUUAUUGUCAAGGCUCAAGAUGUAUCAGCAGAUGCUCAGAAAGCAAUGUGUGAAGAGGUACAGCUCUUUUGACUUCCUAACUGAGAUUGUCAACAAGGUGCCAGAUCUCGGUGGCGGUGAAUCUUGUGGAGAUGAAAGAGGAUUACCCAGAAGAAGGAAAUUUUCAAAUGGAAGCGACCCAGAGAAUGAGGAGCCCCGAUCUAGCAAAAUGCCCAUAAGAAGCUUGAACACUAGUCCCAGAGGACGAGGCAGAGGUCGAGGAAGAGGGCGAGGGCGGCCUCCAACCAAGAGAAAGGAAAUUGGUUAUGUACAGUUUGAGGAUGAGAGCAGCAUGUUUGCUGAACAAAGUGAACCCUUGCCAGGAGAUGAGAUAGUUCCAGAGACCAACCGUGGCAAUGAGAUUAUUCCCCAAAGCUCACAUCCUCUAGUGGAGGCUCCAUCGGUCGUGACGCCAGCUGUGAUUUCAAAGGUUGAAAAAGCCACCAACCAUCAGCCAGAUUUGCCUAUGCCAGAUGCCAUUGGAGGCAUUGGUGUUGGACCGUCCAGUUUUGGACAUCUGACAGUGCAGGUUGAUGAGGAAGAGGACUACGAUAAUGAGGAUUAGGCAUAGCCAUCCUCUCAUUCAUCAUAUGCUCUAACAGGACAGUUCUCCUGGUGUUGUACAUUGUAAAUAUUGUUUCAAGUAGUUACCGCAGCUAUGAUGUGUAACCUAUUUCUUUUUCCCAAUAAUUGGUUUCGAGUUGCCUCGCAUUGUUGACUUAACUGACUAGGAUGUGCUAAACUUAACCUUGUAUUUGACGGUUGAAGCAGUGAUAUUCUGUCGUCCUGUUACAUUGUA